CAAUUAUUAACUUCUCGUGCUCGAACUCUAUUUGUACCGCUUUUUCAAAAACGCUGGGACGCACACGCACGGACACGCUCAGCUCCCCGUAUCCAGCUCACCUCUCUCAACCUCAGUUCAGCUCAUCCAAAGCAUCCAUGGCGGCUUCCCUUCUCUCCAUCCCCUCCUCUCUCUCCCUCCUCCUCCUCCUCCUCCACGCUUCUCCCUUGGCCUUUUCGCAGUCGUUCGUCGGAGUGAACUACGGGCAGGUCGCCGACAACCUCCCGCCGCCGGAGUCCACGGCGAAGCUCCUGGCGUCGACGACGAUCGGGAAGGUCAGGCUGUACGGCGCCGAUCCGGCGAUCAUCAGGGCGCUGGCGGACACGGGGAUCGGGAUCGUGAUCGGGGCGGCCAACGGCGACAUACCGUCGCUGGCCUCCGAUCCCGCCGCGGCCGCCCGGUGGGUCGGCGCCAACAUCCUCCCGUUUUAUCCCGCCAGCGACAUCACCCUCGUCACGGUGGGCAAUGAGGUGUUGAUGUCCAACGACGAGAACUUGAUAUCGCAGCUCCUGCCGGCGAUGCGGAACAUGCAGGGGGCCAUCACCGCCGCCGGGCUGGGGGGCAAGGUGAGGGUGUCGUCGGUGCACGCCAUGUCGCUGCUGAGCCAGUCCGACCCGCCGUCGUCGGGCCUGUUCCACCCGUCGUUCGAGGGGCGGCUGAGGGACCUGCUGGAGUUCCAGCGGGAGAACGGGUCGCCCCUCGCCAUCAACCCGUACCCGUUCUUCGCGUACCAGAGCGACCCGAGGCCCGAGACGCUGGCGUUCUGCCUGUUCCAGCCCAACGCGGGUCGGGUCGACUCCGGGACCGGGAUCAAGUACAUGAACAUGUUCGAUGCUCAGGUUGAUGCUGUUUACUCUGCCCUAAAGGCAUUGGGGUACAAGGACAUUGAAAUUGUGGUUGCGGAGACGGGAUGGCCGUACAAUGGCGACAGCAAUGAGGUCGGGCCUAGUGUAGAGAAUGCUAAGGCCUACAACGGCAAUUUGGUUGCCCACCUUAGAUCGUUGGUUGGCACUCCACUGAUGCCAGGCAAGUCCGUGGAUACAUACAUUUUUGCGCUCUAUGACGAGGAUUUGAAACCAGGGCCUACUUCUGAACGAUCGUUUGGACUGUUCAAGCCUGAUCUGACCAUGGCAUAUGGCAUUGGUAUUUCGAAGAGUAGCCAGACCCCAGCUUCUCCAACAGCUCCAGUGACUCCGACCCCAAAACCAACAGGAAUGGGCUGGUGUGUUCCCAAAUCUGGUGUUUCCGACGCUCAAUUGCAAGCAGGUCUCGACUAUGCUUGCAGCCAGAACAUUGAUUGCAGUCCGAUCCAGCCGGGGGGCGCUUGCUUCGAUCCGAACACCGUAGCAUCACAUGCAGCUUUUGCCAUGAACCUCUACUACCAAACCACUGGCAAGAACCCUUGGAACUGCGAUUUCUCUCAAACGGCAACACUCACAACCAACAAUCCUAGUUACAAUGGCUGUGUUUACCCUGGUGGGAGCACCUGAAGUCUGGUAGAACUCUAUUGUUAGGUGUUAUAUAUGAGGCAGAAUAAGGAAUGGUGGUGUAGCUGAAGAACUUGUCCUUAUAUUUAGUUGUAAAAGCCUUCCUUCUUAUAUUUAUAUAGGUGUAAUAUAUUUAUAUCUAGCCUUUUUUUUUUCCCACCUUUCGUUUUUCACCAUAAGUUAAAAGAGUAUGGGAAAAAAUUCCCUAAGGUUUUAGGUUGAAAUGAGUCUAAAUAUUCUGCCAUGUACCUCUUCUUUCCAAGAUCUACUGUCAACUACAUGAUUUUUCAGGCAUUGAUUUCGAUCCAAAUAAUUGCUCUUUUCC